AAACUUUGAGAAUUGUUAGAGAAACAAUGGCGAUCUCAACUAGACGAGCAUUAGCAGCUUACCGCAACAUCUAUGGUGCAUUACGGGCUACCAAUUUCACUGCAAAUCGUUUUUCCUCUUUGAUAGGCUCCACUUUUAGUCCAAUUCGCUAUGAAAUUGUUCCCUGUUCGCUGGAGCAGACCACCAAUUUUCUGCUUGAAAGUCGGAGGAGUUUUGCUAAAGGAAGGAAACAAAUUAGGGAUGAGGUAGAUGGCGAUGAUUAUGGAAGUGUAACCACAGCUGUAAAUGUAGGUCCUAACAUUAAAGCUACUGCAGUCUCACAGAUGGAGGCAGCAAUUGAUGCAUUAUCACGAGAAUUGACCAAGCUGCGAACUGGAAGAGCAUCGGCUGGGAUGCUUGAUCAUAUCAUUGUUGAUUCAGGAGGUGUUAAGACACCUCUUUGCAGGAUGGCUGUCAUUUCAGUGCUAGACCCAAAAACCUUGUCAGUGAAUCCUUAUGAUCCAGAUUCCCUCAAAGAGUUGGAGAAAGCCAUUAUUUCAUCUCCAUUGGGGUUAAAUCCUCAAUCCGACAACCAGAGAUUAAUUGUACCAAUACCUCCGUUGACUAAGGAGCAUGUGCAGGCUGUGUGCAAAGUGGUUGCGAAAUCAUCUGAAGAUGUUAAGCAAAGUAUAAGACGAGCGCGCCAGAAGGCUUUGGACAUGAUAAAGAAAUCUGUGCCCAAGAAGAAAGACAAAGACAAGUCAGCUUCAGCUUUCUCAGAAGACGAUGCAAAAAGACUAGAGAAGGAAAUUGAUGACUUGACUAAAAAGUUUAUUAAGUCAGCAGAAGAUAUGUGCAAGUCAAAGGAUAAAGAAAUAACUAGCAGUUGAAGAAACUAAUUUUCGUUUCAACGGAGGCUCAUGCAAAGGUUCAAUUUUUUGGCUGAAGCUAUAGAGGGAACUAUUUACGCUCCAGAAUUCUUGUACUCGAAGUCGGAAAAAGAUAACAAGACAUGUUACAAGUGAUCAUGCUGAUACUUGAAAGGAAAAAUAUUGUAUUUCGUAUAACCUAUGCUGUUGGUUUUUAGCUUUUUAUGUUCAAGAUCAUAUAUCAUUUCAUUUUGUGACAAGGGUUGAGAUCAUGUAACUUUUUUU